AUGGCAUCAACACCCACCCACUCUCACCCACUCCUGUCGGACGAGGUUUCAUCGCGAGGGCGACGGUCGCGUGGUAAGCAGCUCUCGGAAGACUCCAGACCUGCUACAGACUACUUCUCGCUCAAGGCUCAGUUAGAGAGCAGUGCAGAAGAACACACGAAGUAUAGCAAUGCUAGUUGGGAUGGUAGCGUUCGGGGAUAUGGAAAAGGCGGGAAGCGCAAGUCCGUGAAACCUACGCCGGUCAUCGUUGUGGAGUCCUCCAGCGGCCAAAUAGCGACAUCAACAACAGGGUCACACGACGAAUUCGAUUCAAUCAUUUCCGACCCCAUUUUAGCCGACUCUCAGAUCUUGCGUACUAGAUGGCAUGAUAUGACUGACGACGCCAUCGAGUCUGCUGUGCACCAACUUGGAGACUCCGUGCCUCAGUCGAGCCUUCCCAGCCAUCCCUACAACGCUGUGGUAAGAGCCUUGUCUUCUGCCGUGUACUAUCUUUCCAGAGCCAGGCGGGAGCUGGAGGAAGGUCGCAAACUAUUGCAGGAGAAAGAAGCUGCCCGACGCGAGAGGGCGAACCAGCUUCUUAAAGAGCUAUCGCCCGCAGAAAAAGAUGUCGCGAAGCGUGUCCUGCAAUCGCUCUUUCCCAAUGACGACGAGGAGACUCACCAGGUGCAGAGACGUCAUAGUCAGUUGUCUAUUGCUGAAUCCCUUAUAGAAGCCAUUGGGGACGAUGUAGCUCUAUCACGAAGCGUACCCGAUGAUGGCAUUACUCCUUUAGCAAAUGGGUCUUCCAUACCUAUUCAGGAAAGUCCAGAGUCCACCGAAGACGAUGCCGGAGAGAUACUAGACAGGACACUCUCGUUGACCAUAUCUCACCCAGAAGGAGAUGGAAUUGUGCCCAAGAAGGCUGGUCAUCCAACUUUCGGUACAGAUAUGACAUCUCCUGAAAAUCUCAAGUCUGACCGAAGUUCACUGGGAGAUUGGAUGGGUGGGUGGUGGGCAAAAGGCAAGAAAGGGCGGACGUCGUCGCCGUCCCGUCACGACGCCUUGGAAGGAACACUUGAUCACGAUGCUGCACAUCCAGCUGCAGCGGAUGCGGAUGAUGUCGCGUCUUUGCCCUCCAUUCCUCCGACACCGAACAAAGUUAGUCGUCGCAGAGCUGCACGAAGCGUCUUUGGUACGCUUGGCUUCUCCAUACUGAACCCAUCUGCAUCGGUGGUGCCACAAAAGAAGCGGCGCAACUUGUCUGUUACGGACAUCCAUGCAUUUGAUGCACCUUCGGACACCAACGGAGUAAGGAGUGUGCGCUCCGCUGCAUCCUCUCCUGUGAGAAAUACCCCUCUUCCUUCUCAUCCUAGCUCCUUGCAGUUAUCGAAAACUUCAUCUCCAUCAAAACCUCUCUCUGUUAUUUCUACUCCGACGAAGUCUGUUUUGGAGGAAAAGCCACCCCAAGGAGCCUCCUUGCGCGCGAUAAUCCAAGCCACACGAGUGAUGACAUCAGACCCCUCUAGCAUUCUAGAAGACCAAGGACAAGAUACGAGUCCCUUGAUCGCUCAGCUGGCGCUGCAACUCGUUCAAAAUGCACGAGAGGAAGGUUUGGACUUUCGGGAACGACCUAAGGAGAAGAAGGAACGGAAGAUCGAGAAGGUGCACAGCCAAGACCAGGUAUUGAAUACUCUGCCUCUCAGCCCUGUUGGGGAAACAGCACCUGCAGCGAACCGAACGCUUUCUGGUACACCCCGUAAACCCCAGAACCGUAGAAAGCCUAGCAUUAAUCUACCGUCUUUUGCGUCGCCCCUCUUUGGCUCUUUCAUGGCACAGCAAGAGAAAACAAUAUCCACUGUCGUGAGUGUAGUGCAGAAAGGGACCGCAAACUCUCCUCAGUUGCAGGUUGGUUCUCCAACUUCACCGCAGACAGCAGUCCGUAAGCCAGGGUCUGUGCCGCUGGAAUCAAUUAUACCUAUUGGAGCAAAACCCCCCACCCAGUUUCUGUCGCGCACAUAUACGCCGCUUACAUCUCGCGAUUUCCAGUUCUCGAUACCCCUUCCCGAUGUUGCUUCGGCCCUCUCCGUAUCGUAUGAUGAGCAUAACCACGAAGGCAUGACGGAUCGCUACGGAUUUCUUUAUGAUAUAUCCAAGUAUGAUUUUCUGCUUCUCGUCCGGGCAAAGGAAUGUGGAAAUACUGCCCCAGCAUGCUUAACUGGCAUCAAGAUCGCUGAUCGCAAGGAAGACAAUGAUUGGCCGGACGAGGGUGCGACCGUGGACGACACAAUCGAAAUCGUCAAGGAUGCAUGUGAAUGCGACGGUGCGGGGGAUGUGCCGGAUUCCGCCAGUAUCAAGACCUCCAGCACGCGACCGACUAUCCAUAGCAUGCCCGUCAGUGAAGCCGAUCCCACAUCUUCACAGGUCUCCCGGGGAAAUUCCCCAUCUUCUGCCAGAGGCAGGGGACGCACACCGGCUGUGCAUGGGGGCCCCAAGUCAAAUACGUCUAUUCUCAUCGUUGACGCUGAUACACCGCGACACAUCUGCGUAAACACCAUCCGCAAAUUGCUUGCGGGGCUGGUUGAGAUACAUGAUCAGCGCCAGGCAACACAGCGCAAGGAGUGGGAUGUCUUCGUGAAACGCAGGGCUCACUCUGGAAGAAGCAUGGGCACGUCUAAUCAAAGGACGAGCUCAUCAGGCGGCUUUGGUGGUGCGGCGGCGCUCCUCGGGCUGGGUACCGCCGUCGAUGAGGAUGAGUUGGUGCAUAACGGCGGCUUAGUAGGCUUUGCUCAGCUCGGACUACCCGCCUAUCGGGAUGAAAGGAGGGAGUUUAUCCGACUCGUCAGGAAUGGCGUCCCUUUGGCAUAUCGAUCCAAAGCAUGGCUCGAGUGCAGUGGGGGGUUGGAGAUGCGCGAACCCGGUGUUUUCUCAGAUCUGUUGGCUCAGAAAGAUGACGGGAACGGCGCUGUUCGUGAGGUUGAGAAAGACGUCGGAAGGACGAUGCCUCUGAACAUAUUCUUUGGCCGGACAGGCGCGGGAGUCGACAAGUUGCGACGGGUUCUGAUUGCGUACAGCAGGCGAAAUCCUGCUGUCGGAUACUGUCAAGGCAUGAACCUCGUAACAUCAACUCUUCUACUCAUUCAUGCGGACGAAGAAGAGGCAUUUUGGACUCUUGCAGCUAUGAUAGAACGCAUUCUUCCGGAGGACUUCUUUUCUCCGUCCCUUCUGAGCUCCCGCGCGUGUCCCCUCGUCUUACUUGACUACGUUCGUGAGACGAUGCCCAAACUCCAUUCACACCUCAUAGAACUAGGAGUCGACCUUCCUGCGAUAUGCUUUUCCUGGUUCCUUUCGCUUUUCACUGACUGUCUGCCGGUCGAGACUCUCUUCCGGGUUUGGGAUGUAUUCCUCGUUGACGGCCUAGAUGUUCUCUUCCGCAUCGCGGCUAGUAUUUUACGCAUGAACGAGCAGGAGCUAUUGCAUUGUGGGUCGAUUCCUGCCGUCUACGUUGCUCUGGAAAGUCUCCCAAACCGGAUGUGGGAGACUGAUAGAUUACUGCAGUACGAGUUUGAGUUGCGCGCCACAAUGGUUCAUACUGAGCUAGUGAAGAGGCGCAAUGCUCAUGUUGCAGAGCUGAAGAAGUGCAUGGCUUAA